AUGGGCUGUGCUCCAAGCAUCCACAUCUCUGACAGCAGAGUGGUCUAUCACAGUAGCAAAGAGUCUGAGGAGUGCAAUUCCCCUCACCAGACCAACACAACCAUGUCUCAACAGCAGCAAGGCAACCCCGUCCCAGGAUUAUUCAUUAAAUCCUCCAACACAUCCACUUAUAAGGUGAGGACUAAUUCCUCUAAGAAAGACAAGAGGGAGAACAGCCAGAGCAUGGAGGCAGAGACCCAGACCAGCAGAUCCAGUAGCACCAAGUCCUCUACCUCCACCUCUCCUGAUGCACCAGUAACAGAUGUGCAGUUUGGCCCUAUGAGACUUCAUCAAGAUCAACUUCAGGUACUUUUAGUGUUUGCCAAAGAAGAUAACCAGAGUAACGGGUUCUGUUGGGCAUGUGAGAAAGCUGGAUUUCGAUGUAAUAUUGCCAGGACACCUGAGUCUGCACUAGAAUGCUUUCUUGAUAAACACCAUGACAUUAUCAUUAUUGACCAUAGACAUUCCAGAUACUUCGAUGCAGAAGCAUUGUGCAGGUCUAUCAGAACAACAAAACCCUCAGAAAAUACAGUCAUUAUUGGUGUAGUACGAAGGCAUGCUGACCGUGAAGAGUCAUCAAUAUUGCCCCUGAUCUCUGCUGGCUUCACAAGGAGAUAUGUAGAAAAUUCGAAUAUAAUGGCCUGUUACAAUGAGUUAAUUCAACUGGAAUUUGGAGAGGUGCGGGCACAAUUCAAACUAAGGGCGUGUAAUUCAUUAUUUACAGCAUUGGAAAAAAGUCAAGAAGCCAUUGAGAUCACAAGUGAAGACCAUGUAAUACAGUACGUCAAUCCUGCUUUUGAAACAGUGAUGGGCUAUCAAAUAGGUGAACUAAUAGGAAAGGAAUUAACAGAAGUGCCUAUAAAUGAAAAAAAAGCUGAUUUCCUAGAUACUAUUAAUUCCUGCAUAAAGAUAGGAAAGGAAUGGCAAGGAAUGUACUAUGCGAAAAAGAAAAAUGGAGAUAGCAUACAACAAAAUGUGAAGAUACUACCUGUCAUUGGACAGGGAGGAAAGAUUAGACACUAUGUGUCAAUUAGUAGACUGUGCAAUGACAACAAUAAGGCAGAGAAGACAUGUGAACGUGUUCAGGCUGAAUCUCAGACAGAUAUUCAGACUAGCAGACACAAAGACAGGAGGAAAGGAUCACUGGAUGUCAGAUCCACAACAUCACGAGGGAGUGAUGGCAGCUCACAAAGGCGGCACUCUUCUAUGGCUAGGAUACAUUCCAUGACUAUUGAAGCACCCAUCACCAAGGUAAUAAACAUCAUCAAUGCUGCACAAGAAAGCAGUCCCAUGCCAGUUGCAGAAGCUUUAGACCGGGUUUUGGAGAUUUUAAGAACCACUGAAUUGUACUCUCCACAACUGGGGACAAAAGAUGAGGAUCCACAUACAAGUGACCUUGUUGGAGGGUUAAUGACAGAUGGUUUACGAAGGUUAUCGGGGAAUGAAUACAUAUUGUCAGCAAAACAAACUCAUCAGGUAGCUGGCAGUUUGAUCUCUCCAAUCUCCCUCAAUGAUAUACCCCCACGGAUAACACAGGCAAUGGAAAAUGAAGAACACUGGGAUUUUGAUAUCUUUGAACUUGAGGCUGCUACCCAUAAAAGGCCUUUGGUUUAUCUCGGUCUCAAAAUAUUUGCUCGCUUUGGAAUCUGUGAAUUCCUAAACUGCUCAGAAUCAACUCUGAGGUCAUGGUUACAAGUCAUUGAAGCUAACUACCAUUCCUCCAACUCCUACCAUAAUUCUACUCAUUCAGCAGAUGUACUACAUGCCACUGCUUAUUUCUUGUCUAAAGAAAGAGUAAAGCAAACUUUGGAUCCGAUCGAUGAGGUUGCUGCACUCAUUGCUGCCACAGUCCAUGACGUGGAUCACCCAGGAAGAACAAAUUCUUUCCUGUGCAAUGCUGGCAGUGAGCUAGCAAUUCUCUACAAUGACACCGCAGUGCUGGAGAGCCAUCAUGCUGCCCUGGCUUUCCAGCUCACCACCCGGGAUGACAAAUGCAAUAUAUUUAAAAACAUGGAGAGGAAUGAAUAUCGAACCCUUCGCCAAGCCAUUAUCGACAUGGUCUUAGCAACAGAAAUGACAAAGCACUUUGAGCAUGUCAACAAGUUUGUCAACAGCAUUAAUAAACCAUUGGCAGCACUAGAAGAAAACGGGAAUAAUGGUGAUGGAGAGUCAAUCAAAACUGUUCUCAUGUCUCCUGAAAACCGCAUCCUUAUCAAACGCAUGUUGAUAAAGUGUGCUGACAUUUCCAAUCCAUGCAGACCCAUAGAGCAGUGUAUAGAGUGGGCCGGACGCAUCUCUGAGGAGUACUUUGCACAGACUGAUGAAGAAAAGAGGCAAGGUUUACCUGUUGUGAUGCCAGUUUUUGACAGAAAUACUUGCAGCAUCCCCAAAUCCCAAAUAUCGUUCAUUGAUUACUUCAUCACUGAUAUGUUUGAUGCCUGGGACGCAUUUGCAGACCUGCCAAAUUUGAUGCAGCAUCUGGAUAAUAACUUUAAAUACUGGAAAGGACUAGAUGAAAGGAAGCUGCGGAGCCUUCGACCACCACCAGAAUAGCAAUUAGACCAUGGUGUGUAAUUUACUAACCAGAUGCAUAUUUAUUCAAGCUCACUUUUAUUCAUGUGAUUUCAGAUUUGUUUUGGUCUCUUCAGUAUUACAGUAAGGCUAGCCCACGCGCUUGGGGAGCUUUCAAAUUCAAGAGAACAUGAGGUCAGCAGUUGACUUCCACAAACUACCAUGUGUGGACUCCAAAGAAAUAAACCUAUCAAGUGGAAUUACACUGGAUUGCUGGAGUGCUUGUACUGAAGAGGGUUUAUUAGUGAACAUAUUUUUGCGAUAUCUUCAUACCAGUAUGUGAAGCUG